AAACAGGCGUUUUGAUGUCUUUACAGUCUGAUUAAAACCACCCCCUCCUCCUUACACUCGUCAGUGACGAGUAAUGGUGGUCAGUGACGAGUAAUGGUGGUCAGUGACGAGUGUAAGGAGGAGGGGGUGGUUUUAAUCAGACUGGUGUCUUUAUUGAAAAUAAUGGCAAACUCCGUGCAAUGCUGAAUAAGUGUGACACAUACUCAACAUGACGCUAAUUGUCUAGAAGCUAUAAAAUUGACAACACAGUCAAGAAAUUGCGUAUCAAAGUUGCUGCGUAAGAGGGAAGCAGUCUGAAAUCCAAUGCACAUUGUAUUUUUCAGAAACCUAAGAAAGUCAAACAGGCUGUGUUAUUUGUACUGUUUUCCAGCUCCAUUUGUGACAGUUCAUGCUUUUAGCUUUAGAAAACCAACAGAGCAGAAAGAUGAGGAAAAACCUGAUGAAUUUAAAGCUGUGAUAGAAACUGCUGAUAAAUUAUAUAUGGCACACAAAAUCCAGGAUUUGUAUGACUACCUCAUUCAAUUCAAGGACUGUGAAAAUGAUGAGGUACUGUGGCGACUGGCACGGGCAGCCACUGACAAGGGCAAGGCCAGUACUGACCAGGAAGUAAAGCGAUCCUGUAUGUAUGAGGCUUUUGAAUAUGCCAAGGAGGCACUGCAGCGCAAUGAGAAUAAUUUCGCUUGUCACAAGUGGUAUGCGAUUUUGCUGGAUUACACUGGAGAAUAUGAGGGAACAAAAGCCAGGAUUUCUAAUUCUUUCUCAGUCAAGAAGCAUUUUUUGAGAGCCAUUGAAUUAAAUCCAAAAGAUGCUACAUCCAUACAUUCCAUUGGUUACUGGUGCUUUGUGUUUGCAGACAUGCCAUGGUACACACAUAAACUGGCGGCUGCUCUGUUUGCCACCCCUCCUAGCUCCACAUAUUCUGAGGCACUGCACUAUUUUCAGCUAGCAGAGGAAGUGAAUCCAAACUUCUACAGUAUGAAUUUACUGAUGAUUGGUAAAACCCAUCUAAGGAUGAAAAAUUAUGUGGAAGCAAAAACUUACCUACUCAAAGCCCGGGAUUAUCCUGUCCUUAAACCAGAUGACAAGAAGGCUCAUGAGGAGGCUAUUCAGCUGCUGAAAAGCAUGGGUUUUAAGGACAAACAAUAAGUUGUAUGGUAAUUUUUAAAACUUGGAAAAAUACUCAUCAAAACAAUUACACCAGUUCCAGGAUCUACCAGUAUGACAUGUUUGUUUUGAGUGUUUUAACUUGGCUGCUGACUAUCAAGAAGGGGGCCAUUCAUUGUGAUAUUUCUAGUUUAUGUGCAAGUUGUGAUGUACAAAUUUUAAUAAAGAUGAUGAAACCAA